AUGCGAAAUUUAAAGCAUGCCACACACCAAUUCAAUCGUGUUUGCACACUUUCCUGCGCUUGUUCUUUCUUCCGGACAACAACACACGUUGAAAGCCGAAAACAUGACCCAAACUCAAACAAAACCGAGUUCAACAGGCAAAUUGCCUACUGUUCCCGAAACUAUUCUUAAAAAACGUAAACGACGUGAAGAACAAAAAGCUAAAUCGAUUUUGGAAACGAUCAAACACCGAAAAGAUCGCCAGGCUAAAAAAGCUCUCAUUUUUAAACGUGCCGAGAAAUAUGUGAAAGAAUAUCGACAAAAAGAACGUGCCGUAAUCCGUUUAAAGCGUCAAGCAAGAGAAAAUGGCAAUUUUUAUGUUCCACCAGAAGCUAAAUUAGCUUUUGUCAUUCGAACUCGAGGUAUCAAUGGUGUUCCACCAAAGCCAAGAAAAGUGCUUCAACUUUUCCGAUUGAGACAAAUCAAUAAUGGUGUAUUUGUCAAGUUGAACAAAGCUACAAUCAAUAUGCUUCGAAUUGCCGAACCAUACAUUACUUGGGGUUACCCAUCGUUGAAAAAUAUUCGUGAUUUGGUUUACAAGCGUGGUUUCGGUAAAAUUAACGGGCAACGAAUCCCAUUGACCGACAAUUCUAUUAUUGAAAAAAAGCUGGGAAAAUUGGGUAUCAUUUGUAUGGAAGAUUUGAUCCAUGAAAUCUAUACGGUUGGACCAAAUUUCAAGUAUGCCAAUAACUUUUUCUGGCAUUUUAAACUGAAUAAUCCACGUGGUGGUUGGCGCAAAAAGGUUACCCAUUAUGUUGAAGGUGGUGAUUUUGGCAACCGUGAGGAUAAGAUUAAUGUAUUGCUUAAAAACAUGAUCUAAUUCUAAUUGAAAAUAAAAAAUCUAAACUUUUUUAAAAAAUUUA